GAAGUGACAAGGCCAGCUGAGGAAUGAAAACCGAGUAAGACAGGCACUUUGUCCUGGGACCAUGCGCAAGUCACCCUAGUGCGCUCUUAGCUCCGCCAGGAUUCAAAGCUGCUGAGGUUCCACCCGGACUCAAAGAUGUUCCGAGCAAGCAGAGGACGCUAUCUUUAAUAAGAAUCCGGUUGGGAAUGGGCGGGAAGCAGUCUCGCGGCUUCUCCAGCAGAGAACUGAGCGAGGUGAGCGUGAUUCAAGGCAGCGGAAACGACCAAGCCGGCUUGUCGUCUGCCGCGGAGAAAAUCCGCCGACACGCCACGGUGCACUUCGGCUACAGCACCCUAAGCUUGGCCAUGCGGGGCCUGGAUGACGCCCCAGCCGAGCUGUGGGAGCUGCGAGAGCUGCAGAAGCUCAACUUGUCCAUGAACUGUUUGUGCUCGCUGCCACCCGCCCUCAGUGCCCUGGACAACCUGGUGGUGCUCAACCUGUGGGGCAAUAACCUGACCAGUCUGCCUCCCGAGAUCGGACUCCUGAAGAAGCUCCGUGUGCUCUUCGCCUGCCGCAACCGCUUAAGCGAGGUACCCGAGGAGCUGGGCUCCUGCGCCGGCCUGGAGGUACUCAGCCUGGCCAACAACCAGAUCUCCAGCCUGCCGGGGAGCUUGGCAGCCAUGCGCAACUUGACCAAGCUCAACCUGAGCCACAACCGCAUCGCCCACAUCCCGACCUGCGUCUACAGCAUGAAGGGCCUGGUCUUUCUUCACCUGGCCUGCAACCGUCUGGAGACGAUUGCCGACCAGAUCCAGGACUUGGUCAACCUCAAGAUCCUCAUUGUGGAGGGGAACAGCAUCCACACUUUGCCUAAGACACUGUGCUUCCUGGACUCCUUGGAGCUCCUCAACGUGGACUUCAAUGAACUGCAAAGCGUGCCAGGGGAAAUGUAUCUGCUGAGUCGGCUCAGGAAGCUGGCCUGCCACCCUAUGGACAAAGGACUCCAUAUUGUACAUAACCCGCUUCUCAAGCCCAUUAAGGAGGUGCUGCAAGGAGGACUUAGCUCCCUGUACAACUACCUCAAACCCACGUGAAUCUCUACCUCUGUUUUGUCCGACACCGGGCACGUGGGUGGUCAUGCUGCCAUCCCAAGCCCUCCCCCGGCCGACCACGUAUGCCAUCCAUACCCCUGUUACAGUGGUGUUACAUCACAGGGCAUCACACAAAUAGAUUUAAGCGUUUGGCUGUAAAUAAACACCGACAAACCGCCGUCACGCCUGCAAUGCAUAGCGCGCGUGUGUGGGUAAUCCGCAGUUAAGGGUUGAAAUGAGUCGGAAAAAUUCACAGGCCCACAUUUGGAGGCUGAUUAGUGUCGGUGGUGGGCUGAGGGGGUAUCACACACACGCCGUGGUGCAUUCAGGUCAUAGGGAUCAGUUGUGUAAAGUCGAAGGAAAGAACAGUAAAGCAGCAUCAGAAGUGAGAACGGACAUUAUGCAAUAAAGACCAGAUUACGAAAACGGUGGUACAACGAAACUUUGUUUUCCGCACAAACCUGUUCAAGAUUAGACAAACAAACAGUGUACAGGGUUACAGAACAAGAACGCUGAUGGGUCGCCAGUAAAAGAUGGAAAAAAGGUCAACGCUGGGGAAGGAUGAAUAAAAAAAAUAUAAUCCAGACUGGGCUCCUAAGGGGGUCCAGUUUGGAGUGAGAAAAAACCUCCAUAGCAAAGCACAUAUUACAACAUACAUCUCGAGAUAUCUAGCAACAAAAGGAAGGUAUGUAAAGGUCAUGGUGGUAAGCCGCAGCUCUCAGGCGCUGACCAUCUAUUCAUCACCCCUAAGGGAUUGCAUUCAGGGCGUUAGAUUGGGGGACAGGAGGGUGUAUGUGUGGCGUAUAUUUAUGUGUGUGUGUAUAAGCCUGUAGUGUGUCUCUGUUCCGCGGCCUUGAUGUAUUUGCCGUCGCUAGUCCAAAGUUCACAACAACAGGUGUGUGUCCAUGAGAGACAAGAAGGGAGUUUGUUGUGUCUUCCUGCAGUGAUCUUCGGGAGAGUCUCGAAGCCAGGGAAAAAAACCCAAGUUAAAAUGAUUUGUAUGCGAGUGAAAAUAAAAUUUGCUUUUCACUCUAAAAUUGUCUAUGACUGGUCCUCAAAAACCUGCGGGGUAGACAGUCCGAUGUCAGUUCUUCCCGCAUCCUCCAAUCAUUUGUGGCAGCUUUGGGGUACUUUGAAGACCGCCAGCAACGUCCAAUUUGUCGACAAACCAGAGCAACGCUUAGUCCAAUCAGCAGAUGUCCUGGUGUCAUAAUUCCGAUAAGUAGAUAUCUUCACGUCGUCGACAGAAAAGGGUCGCCAGGCACGCGGUCCUCCUUCUUCUCCCAAGAGUCCGUGGUGUGUCCAGCAACAACCGCUUCGUCACGACAGCAGGUUCCCCCCAAACUCAAAAUCUUGUCAAUUUUGUUGAGGCCAGUUAAAUAGUUCCAAUGUUUAGAUUUGGAGAGCAGUGCAAAAAGAGGCGAAGUGAAGUGAAGUGAAGUAUAUUUAUAUAGCGCUUUUCUCUAGUGACUCAAAGCGCUUUACAUAGUGAAACCCAAUAUCUAAGUUACAUUUAAACCAGUGUGGGUGGCACUGGGAGCAGGUGGGUAAAGUGUCUUGCCCAAGGACACAACGGCGGUGACUAGGAUGGCGGAAGCGGGAAUGGAACCUGCAACCCUCAAGUUGCUGGCACGACUGCUCUACCAACCGAGCUAUACCGCCCCACAAGGCAACAAGAAAGUUAAGACAAGACAAAACAAAGAAGCAAGCAGGACAGGAAAGGGGAGCGUUCACCCUCGGUGAGCGCCAGAGAGAGAAAAAAAAAAGUUAAUUCGUCGUAAAAAUGUCUGUGAGAGUUAAUUAAAAAGGUGUUUUAUUAAGUGGUAUAUGUCGACAAUCCUGACCAACAUGUUAAGUCCCUUUGAGAGAUGUAACCCAAUUUGAGAAACACUUCUUCUAGCUUAUUUGGGGGAGCCUUUCACAUACUAACAUCUUUAAAUAAUGAUAUUCACUACUAUUGUAAUUGUUGUAUGGUAUUGUAAAUAAACUUGAAACUUGGUCGACUAAAAAUUGAUUUUGAGUUUGGUUAUUUUGUCAAAUUUCUUAUAAGGUUUAGGAAGGGCGUACUGAUCCGAUAUUUUUUUAUUUAUUUUUGUCCUGUCCAGCUUCUCAGGCAAAUCAUAUAGUUCAGGGGUGCCCAUUACGUCGAUCGCGAGCUACCAGUCGACCGCGGGGGGUGUGUCAGUCGAUCUCCAGCCAGGCUUUUAAAAA